AUGUCAAUGGUUAUCAAUUUCGACUCAGAAGACCCAAUUGCCACUGCCAAUGCUUGUCUGGAGGAAAAUUUGGACAGUCUCCAGUCAGCUGGUGUCCUCCAUAGGGGAAAUAAGAUGAGCAUAGCUGAACUGGUAGACAGUCCAUUGGAAAUCUUUCGCAUUGGAGAUGUCUCUGAUGAUGACAUCUUCAGCACUGUGACUGAGGCAUGGAGGAAUGAUGGAAAGGACUUAGUGGAACUUGGGGCUGAUGAUGUGGAUGACUCUGACGAUGACACACAAACCAUCUCGCAUCCGGAAGCUCUUCAUGCAGCACUUCUGCUUUGGACUUACACCAAACAGAUGGACUCAGCUUUUGCAUGGAAGAUGGAAGCCACUUUGGCUCGGUUUGGACGCGAGACCUGCCACCAAGCCCAAGUGUCGCUCCGGAGUAGCACACUUGAUUCUUACUUCAAAAAGGUUUCAUAG